CUAAAUUCAAAACUCCAGACGUUAGCAUCGACGCUCGUUGACGUUAUCUCCAGUUCGCAGGUUCGCACACCGACCCAUUUAAAACGAGGCGACAUGGAAAAGUAUUUUAAGUUUGUUAAUAAGAAAUAACAAAACCGUGACCGUUGUAAAGGCCGAGGGAUUAACCCGUACCACCUACAAGUUGAAGAUGGAGCCCCAGGAACCUGCAAAGAAUGACGAAAUCAGUGGAUUCUCUAGGCGGCGCAUUUCCUCGAUUUUAAAAGCACCACGGAAAUCGGCCAGAUUCCCUGACCCAGAGCAACAGGAAAAUGUGGUCGAAUGUGCCAAACCUGUGGAAAAAAGGAAUUCAAGAAGAGUCAGUUUUGCCCCUGCCAACGAUGUUCUUCUGUUUUCAAAGGAUGGGAAAAAUGCUUCUCCAGGCCGAAGUCCUUUACAAGAGUUAAUGACAGCAACAGGGGCAACCACACAAAAUAAGGUCCAGGUGGCGGUUACUGAAGAUGGGGUACAACAGAUCAUGGGAAUGGAAACCCUUUUGAAUGCUCCUCUGCAUGCUUCUCAACAACAGGAUAAGGUCAACUUCGAUACUGGGGAAGACUUCGGGGAGAAAACAGUGAUGUUUUCCACUGAUCAUGCAUUCAUGGACAUGACCCACAGUCACACUAUAAACAUUGCCAGUGAUGCCGAAUUACUUGCAGAUAUUUCCCUCCAGAACUACGACAUUUUACCUACUGGUGGAGAGAAAACAGUGAUGUUCAAUGCAGAUGAUCCAUCCAUGGAUAUGACCCUAAGUCAUACUGUAAACGUGACAAAUGGGUCAGUAUCACUACCCACUGGCAGGAACAUGGAUUUAAGUGUCGAGAGGAGAAACAUGUCCUCAUCAGUUCCUAGUUUGGAUCCGGGAUUUGAAAACUUCCUUGCAAGUCUCUCUAAACCUAGUGGCCCCUCCUCUUUAGCCACUGUUGAGACAAACAGUUCCCUUGACCGUAUUAAAACACAAAAGGCUGAUGUGGACAAAGAGAACCAGGUUCCAACUUCACUUUCAGCUAUGAUGGAGAAGUCAGCUAAUAAAUCCAGGAAGACCGGGGAAUUGUCUAAUGGAAGUGUACUCUGUCCAGAAGUUGAUGUUAGCAUGAAUAUGACUGAAGCUCUGACGGGCCGCAUCUUGGGAGUCACUGAUGACGACAAUCUUUUUCAGUGUCUUUUUCCAACUCAUGAAAUGUAUGCCCACUCUGACAAAAGAGUAUCACAGACGACCGAGAUGAAGAAGACCAAACAGCAACAGAGCAGUGAAUUCCUGGGAUAUUCUGACCCCAAAGCAGUAGCAACUACUGAGAAUAGGGUCCAAAAAGUGAUCACAGAUGAAGGGAGUGGACAAAUAACUGAUAUGGCAUCCUGGAAGAGUCCCUUGCAUGCUUCUCAUCCAAAAGACAAGGUCAACUUUGAUGCACGAAAUGAAUGCAGAGAGAAAACGAUAAUGUUCACUGCAGAAAAUGAGUUCAUGGACAUGACUCAGAGUCACACUGUUAAUAUUGCCCAUGGUGCAUCAGCCCCUCAGCAAACGUCAACAAAGGGUUUGGAUCCCGAAUUUAAGAACUUCCUUGCAAGUCUCUCUAAACCAAGUGGCCUCAGUGUUAAUCCUGUGAUUGAAAGAAUGGUACCCACUACUGCAGCAUUCUCUAAAGAAACUAUUAACACACACAGCUCCCUGUCCCAGCUUAAAACACCAAGGGCUGAUGUAGGCAAAGAUAAUGGGUCACUAAAUACAAGCCGGCGCUUUGGAGGAUCAUCUAUUGGAGCUGCCAUCUGUCCUGAAAAUGACGUGAGCAUGGAUAUGACUGAAGCUCAAACAGGCCACAUUAUAGGAAUCACUGGUUCAGAUGAUCCUUUUCAGUUUCUUUUUCCGACACAAGAUAUGUACCCCCACAGUGAAAGUCUGAAGAAAGCAGAGAUGACUUCAGGACUGAAGAACAGUGACGCACUGGGAUCAUCUAAGCGUACAGGUACAGAGACCUCACUGAAGCCAUCCUUAAAGACAGGAGACAGAAAGGUGCAAAGACAUCAGUUUGACACAGGAGAUGACUACAGAGAGAAAACGGUGAGGUUUUCUGCAGAUGAUGCCUGUAUGGAUGUGACACGAAGUCACACUGUCAACAUUGCCACUGAUUUCAAACUGCAGUCACACCAAAAUUCUGGCUUUUUACCUUCCUACGGAGAGAAAACGGUGGGGUUCAAUGAAAACGAUGCAGCUAUGGAUAUGACCCAGUGCCUCACUGUAAAUAUUGCCAGCAAUUUAGUAUCAGAUUCAGUUCUUGUGAAGAAACAAGAAGGUGAGAAAUGUGGUCCACCCAGAGACAGGUCUUCAACUGCACACAGUUUGGAUAAAGGAUUCAAUAACUUCCUUACGAGUUUCUCAAAACCAAGUGACCCCAGCGUUGAUCCUGAGAUUGCAAGAAUGACACCGACGGCUGCACCAUCCUCUAACAUUAGAGACUCAUCUAAUGGGGGUACAAUCUGUCCCGAAUAUGAUGUAAGCAUGGAUAUGACUGAGGCUCAAACAGGCCAGAUUUUAGGAAUCAUGGACACAGACCAUCCUCUUCAGUGUCUUUUUCCCAGACAAGAAAUGUACCCCCAAAGUGGUAACUUGAAGAAAACAGAAUUGACUUCACAAGUGCAGAGCAGCAAAGUACCUGGAUCAUCUAAGUGUAAAGGUAUGGAAAACUUGUUGAAGACUUCUUUGAAGACAAAGAUGCAAAGACAUCAGGUCAAGGUUGAUGCUGAAGACAACUGCAGAGAGAAAACGGUGAGGUUUUCUGCAGAUGAUGCAGCUAUGGAUGUGACACAAAGUCACACAGUCAACAUUGCCACUCAUUUCAAACCACAGUCCCACCCGAAUUUGGACUUUUUACCUACCUGUGGAGAGAAGACGGUGAGGUUCUCUGCAAAUGAUGCAGCUAUGGAUGUGACAAAAAGUCAUACUGUAAACAUUGCCACUGAUCUUGAACUGCUGUCACACCAAAAUGUGGAUUUUCUACCUACAUGUGGAGAGAAAACGGUGAGGUUCACUGCGAAUGAUGCAGCUAUGGAUGUGACACAAAGUCACACAGUCAACAUUGCCACUCAUUUCGAACCACAGUCCCACCCGAAUUUGGACUUUUUACCUACCUGUGGAGAGAAGACGGUGAGGUUCUCUGCAAAUGAUGCAGCUAUGGAUGUGACAAAAAGUCAUACUGUAAACAUUGCCACUGAUCUUGAACUGCUGUCACACCAAAAUGUGGAUUUUCUACCUACAUGUGGAGAGAAAACAGUGAGGUUCACUGCGAAUGAUGCAGCUAUGGAUGUGACAAGAAGUCACACUGUAAACAUUGCAAGUCAUUUGGGACCGAAGUCACAACAAAAUUUUGACUUUUUACCUACUUGCGGUGAGAAAACGGUGGGGUUCAAUGCAAAUGAUGCAGCUAUGGAUAUGACUCACUGCCUCACUGUAAAUAUUGCCAGUAAUUCAGAAUCAGAUUCAGUUUUUCCACACCAAGAAACACACAUUUUAUCCACUCAGAGAAAUACGGAUUUACCGUUAACUGUGAUGAAGGGGGAAAGAAAGAGAUCCUCGUCAGCACACGGUCUGGAUCCAGGAUUUAAAAACUCCCUGUCUAAGAUGAGUGGGCCCUGGGCAAAUCCUGUGAUCACUAAAGCAGUUACUCCUGCUGCACUAUGCCCUCUAGAAGGUGUCAGUACAAAUGACUCCCUUCACCAGCUUCAAACACAGAAGCCUGACAUGGAUACUGAAAAUGUAGCUCCAUGUUUUGUUCCAGCUACCAUGGAGAAGCCACAAAAUGAAACCAAUGAAACAGACUGUCCAGAAAACAGUGUGAACAUGGAUCUGACUGAAGCUCAAACGGGCCAUAUUUUGGGACAAACCUGCACAGAUGAACUCCCUCAGCGUCAUUCUUCAACACAGGACUCGUACCCCAAUUUUGACCAUUUGAAGCAUACAGAGGUAACUUCACAACAGAGCAAUGAAGUACUGGGUUCAUCCAACCCUGAUGGUGUGGCAAUCACAAACUGUCCAGAUUCUUUUGACUCAAAUGAAAUCGAGGCCAGGAAAGAACCCGAUCCAAGAGAUAAAACUUCUUCUUUAUCACAGAAGAUGGAAAGUUCACCCAGUGCUGUCGACCAAGAUGCUGAUGCAUUUCGUUCGAGGAAGUCUAGACGAAUGAGUUUAGCCGAUCUCCAGUCCAAAGUAAGGCGUUUGAGCCACAUGAUAAAUAUAGCUCCUGAUACUAUUGCCAUGGAAAGCUGCACAGCACCUUUACCUCAUUUGGACCAUGACUUGGACAAAAACUCAAAAGACAAAGCCAAAUCCCUGCCUGUAGUGGAGCCUGAACUCGAAAUGGGUUUGGUAAACAGUCAAGAUAAUACACAAGCUCAGUGUCUUACACAAGGAGAAGAAGCCUCAACUACUACUACCCCUUUCAACUUGAAGACUAAACAACUUAUGUCAAGACUCUCAGUGGGAGGCUUUAAGCCGAAACUCCCCCUGAGAAGCAAACCCGAUGAGCCAAAGAAGGUGAAUUCUGUGGGAGAGCAUACAAGGACAAUAACUGUCAACGUUACUAGUCAAACGAGCAACUUUGACAAUGAUGUAAGUGAUAUUUACGAUGAAGAGCUCGGAAGCUACGAAGAUAUGUCAGAAACGCUGGACACGAGGAGCCCCCAUAAAAUCCCUAAAAAAGUGAGUCAUUCCCAGGAGUCCAACAUCGAUGAGCCUUUAGAGGAAGAUGUAUUUGAGGAGGACCUAGUUAGAGCGGUCCAUGGAAAAAAGAGACCUUUGCCAAAAGAUGAAAAUGAUAUGGAGGAUGAGAAAAGAAUGAAAGGAUUCACUGAGAAGGCCACUGAUGUCAUUCAAAUGGAAUUACAGUCUGAUUUUGUGGAGUGUGAUGGUAACAAUACUACAGCUCCAAACAUGACUACACACACCACCGACUGCUCCAGUAGUUGUCACACAGCCAGCAUCAGAUGUGAAGCUACAUUUGAGUCAACUUUUAAACAAAGCCUGUUUGAAUCUCAACUUGAAGACUAUGCAAGUGAUGUACAAAAGAAAUUGGAUGAUGGCACCAUUACAGUGUUGGAGUUCUUUAACCUCUUCAACAUAGACUUCGUCAUCCAUAAUCCUCGGCAAAGCGUCCUUCCUGGCAGACUUUUGUCAGACACAGAUCGCACACCAAUGGAUUUAUUGAAAGACCGGCAUAUCAUGCGUCCUAAACAAAUGGUGUACGAGACAAAUGUCGUGGACCUCACAGAAAAGGUGGAGGGGUUGAAGGUGCGAAUGCAGGACCUAGACAAACCUCUUAAAAUUGUUAAUAGACCUUUGUGGGAAGAGAUGAGAACGUUUUCAGAGAAAGAGCUCAGAUCUUUUGGUGCAAAACUAAAAGAGAGAAAUAACUUCUUCAGAAAGUUGAGCAAAGCUCAGUCACAUGAAAUGAAGGAGGUCCUGUAUUCGAAUCUCGUGCAGGCUAAUCUGGAUGAGCAAAAGAAGUUGAGAGGAACGAUUGGGGAAGCAGAUGAAAUGAUAAGAAGUCUGGAUGACUGUAUUUGUGAGUUAGAAAAAGAACUUGCUGAAGUUGAAGAAAAAGGCUUCGAAGACAAACCAAGUCUGAAAUCACGUCAGGAAGAAAUGAAUAAAGUCACCGAAGCUUUGGCCGAUAAUGAAAGGCAAAUGUGUGAACUGGAGUUGCAGAAGAAGCAGAAUUCAAAUAAACUCAACAGACUGAAAGCUGAGACAAGAAACCUCGAGAGCCAUGUCUACAUGCUGCAUAUGGUGAAUGAAUGGAAGUUUGGAGAGAAGAAGGACAACUGCUCAAUCUACACUUUUCUCCAUGAGACCAUGCAUCUACAGUUGGUGUAUGAAAAGUCCAAAGGAACUGAAGCUGAUAAUCAGGCUGAGAGGAAAAUAUCUCACAUCACCUUCAAACUUCUACUGGAUGAUAAAAAGUCGCAUUGCCAUGCCCGCCUUGUUCACAAACUGCUCUCUCAGUACAUUGAGACUGAAACUUCCUGGGUGGAGAAGUACCCAACAAGCAGACAUGUGCCAACGCUGCUCCAUGACGUUGGCCUGGUGGUGAGUCGCUGUCGUCUGCUGGGAGAGGAGUUGCGCCUGCUGAAAAUGUGGGGAGGCCUAAGGCUAGAUAUCCUGGACGUCAGCUGUGUGGACACUCAAGUGCAUAUCGUCUUCAGCAGUCUCAAGAAAUUUUCCAAGUUUGAGGUGGUCUUCUCCGUCAGUUUGAUCAGCAACCUCUGUGUCCUACAAGUAGAGAGCUUUAAAAACAUGAUCGGAAGCACAGCGAUCCAACAGAUUGAAGAGAUUGUGGCAUCUUUCAGUCCAGUCAAGAACCUCUUGACGAAGAUCGUCAAAAAGAUUCAUGAUAGUCUACUCUGUUGAGACCAGGAAUACGACAGUGCAGUUUUUCCUGUGCAGUUUCCAGGGUCGCCUCCAGAUGGUGAACAUGGACUGACUUUAAAGUAUUUUGUUUCGCCUGCAGAGGGAUCCCGAUAUCUACAGUCUACAUAUCCCUGUAUUUGAGACAUGCUUCAACAGAAGGUUGUAUAUCUGUCACAUGUUAUUGAAGCUUUGUGCAGUACUGAACAUAUGUAAAUAUAUUUCACUUCAUUUUGUUCAUUGUAAAUCAGUUUCUUUAAAAGAUUUGAACUUUAGUAAUUUAGAAAACAAAACAUAUGUACUCAGGAUUCCAUUAAAAAACAUGUUUAUGAUUUUUUUCUGUGGCAUGUUCUUUCAGAGGUUUUUUUUUUUGGGGGGGGGGGUCUUUUUUCAUCUUAUAUUACGUCACUGACGAUAAUACAUCUCAGCAGUAAUCUGCGGUCUACAACAUUGUAACUGUUUUUUCUAAUGUAUCAAUAAUAAAGAUCAAUCUGCUUAAUGUGAAAUCUAAAUACAGAUAUGGUGUCAGUGUUGAGAUUGGUUGAUAAAAUUAAAAAAAAAAAAGAGAGUCAAACCUAAAACAUGGGCUUUUGUUUUGAACUUUUUGCUUCCAUUCUCACUUAUACAGACAUUUAAAGCAUUACCUGUAAGUAAGAUGUCGCACUGCAUCUUCAGUGUCAGUUUCUGCUCUUGCUGUACUGUGGUUAGACUUCAGAUGGCGCUAUGGGCUAGAGUUACAAUUUACUCCAAUGCCACCGCCCAUCCUGAGUGAAAACAGUAUCUUUGUGUCAAGUUAACAUCGCAAUGUAUGUUUACCUUUAAAAAC